CUUCGGUUCUUACCGGCAGCUUUCAAAAUAAAAGCUUUUACGCGUAAGCAUGUUAUAUGAGUGGAUAAUUCGAAACAUUACUUUUAUUGCGAAAAAACUGCACACUCUUUAAAGAUUUUUGCGGGAUUUUGGACCUAACGUUUGACCGUGUUAACAACCAAUAACGCUCAGACGUCAGUUAUUUUAGGAGUACAACAGAUUCACUGCAUCGUGGACGCUUGACGUUUUAUUAGACGAGUCAGAAACGCAAACGAUCAACGUUAGCUGAUUUAGCUUAAUUGGUGGCAUUUAAGAGACCUAUACUAAUGAAUGAACGUUAACAGCGUAUUGACUGUAAGUUUCCUCAAGUUUAUAAGACAACUCAUAAAUACUAUAUACAAUAUAAAGGCUCUCAUCAUGUGAAGAUGUCUUCAUUGGUGGCUUACGAAGAUUCAGAAUCAGAGGAUGAUUCUCUUGAUCAAACGGAGGAGGUAACAUCAGCUUCUAUUCAAACUGCACCUUGUGAACAAAAGCAAGAAGUCAGGAUGUGUAAAUCGUCUGAGAUAAUACCAAGCCCUCAAAGUUUUACACCUGACAGGUCAGUGUUGGACUAUCAUGGAAAUAUCUUCGAAAGACGCAGUUCUUUACUUCACCCAUAUUCACAGCCACAAAGCUGUUUUGACUGGGAAAGCAAAUAUUGCCGUGACGGGACAGCACAAGAAAAGCAUUUAAGAGAUACUCCAGCUCCUUUGAGUUUACCUGUGACUCAGGGGUAUAGCUCACCACUACAGACUCUUCCUCACAUGCCACAAUGUUUCGGUGAUGGGUUGAACCCAGCAAAAAGAAAUCACACUGGCCGGUCUGGUGUCAGACCGUACAUCCCUAAGAGACAGAGACUGGCCACUUCAGUCGGGACCGUGGACCCAAAGUACCCAGCAGAGCAAGACCCAGGGAAUCUGACCAGGGAAAGCCACAUUUUUUCAGAUGUGUCGGCGAGAGUAAAGCCGUAUCUUGCCCACAAGCCCGGCGCUGCAGGCAUACCGAGGAGGCUUCUGAUGAGCCUUGGAGGCCACCAGGGUCCAGUCAACACAGUGCGAUGGUGUCCUGUGCCUCAUCUCAGUCAUCUGCUGCUGUCUGCCUCCAUGGACAAGACCUACAAGGUGUGGGAUGGAGCGGAGAGCGGGCGAUGCCUGAGGGUGUACACCUGCCAUUCGGGAGCUGUGCGGGAUGCCCGUUGGACCCCCUGCGGGCGGCACCUUCUCUCUGGCUCCUUUGACAACAAGGCUGUGAUCACAGACGUAGAGACGGGGCAGCAGGUAGUGAAAUUGGACAACCAGUUCAAAGUGAUGUGUGUGGUCCCACAUCCAAGCAACCCAGAGGUAUUCCUGUGCGGUGGUUACAGUUCAAUGGUCAAGGCCUGGGACUCUCGUAGCUGCAAGGUGGUGAAAGUGUACAAAGCAGGGAUCCAGCAGACCCUGGACAUCCUGUUUCUGAGAGGUGGUGUGGACUUCAUAACAAGCUCUGACUGCGUGAGCAGAGACUCUGCCGACCGCACCCUCAUCGCCUGGGACUACCAGACCACUGCCAAGGUCUCCAACCAGAUCUACCAGGAGCGAUACACGUGCCCCAGUCUGGCUCUCCACCCCCUGGAGGAGUCCUUUGUUGCCCAGACUAACGGGGACUAUAUGGCAGUGUUCUCCUCCCAGCAGCCCUAUAGAAUGAACAAGAGGCGACGAUACGAAGCACACAAGGUUGAGGGAUACGCGGUGCAGUGUGAGUUUUCUCUGGAUGGAACUAUCCUGGCCUCAGGAAGCUCCACCGGCUCUGCUCACUUCUACGAUUACCACAAUGCUCGUAUUCUGCACACUCUCCACGCCCACAGCCAGCCCUGCCUGUGUGUUUCUCAGCAUCCCAUCCUGCCUGCGACUGCGGCCACCUGCGACUGGGCCGGUGAGAUCAAGGUCUGGCACUAAGGACUGAGUGAACGAGUAAAUAUGGACUGAAAAAGACCAAGAGACGUUUAUAAUAAAGUAAAACUUUCAAGACUUUAUCUCCCAUAAUCUCUGUGCCUAAGAUGAUAAGAACUUGGCAAAAAUAAAUUCUCUAUGAUGUAAAUGUUAUUGUAAGCGCGUUCUUCUUAUUUGUCAAGUUGUUUUAACAUCCUGAAAGAUACACUGCGUGAGAUAAAAGAAGUAUGAUAGCAGUUCAAAGAGUGAACUAUUGUGAAGUGGUAGACGGUACGAAGGCAGUUUAGGUACACACACAAACACACACACACACACACACACUCACAAAUCAGCUUUCACCCU